ACAGGCAUCUUUUCAAUAUUAUGCCAUGUAUCCUACCUCAAGACAUUCGGAAGGGAGCUGUAUCCUGAUAGGAUGUUAGGCUUCAGGUUAAUAUACCUGUACAACGUUCCACAUGCAGUACGAUAAAAUACAUACGGUAUAGUCGCCGCUGGGUGGGGGGUUGCGCAGUAAUUUCCAUGGCAGCCAGCUAAUGUACUUAAGGUAGGUCCUUUGACAAUUUUCCUGAUUUACGCGGCAGUUCAAUUCCGACGGAACACCCGAUCCUUUCACCGCGGGGCGGGGGGGCGUCUCAUAAUCUGUACUGCCUAUGCCUCCGAGAGGAGAAUAAAGGCCAUGUUCAUCAACUUGUAUAAAAACCAACCGACCUGGGAAAGUCUACCUAAGGCAUCAAUCAUAUGAACCCUAAAACAAAGAGGACAUACCGAGAGGUUAUUUUAUUUAUUUAAUUAUCAUUCUUCUUAUUAUUUUUUUCCACAAUCACAAGACCCUGAGAUUCAUAAUGUCCGUGGCACUAAUCACAGCGGGGAGCGCCGGGCUUGGAGCCGCGGCUUCCCGGGUCUUUGCGAAGAACGGCUACCGGGUCAUCGUGAACUACGCCAGCAACGAAGAGAGAGCUAAUAAGCUUUUGGAAGAACUCCCGCCUUUGUCUACUCUGCCACGAGACAGUGGCAGCGAACAUUUCGCUGUCAUCAAAGCUGAUCUCGGCAGUCGAGAUGAUAUCAAUCGUCUGAUCAAGGAGACUGUGGACAGGUUCGGUCGAUUGGACGUUGUCUUCUCCAACGGUGGCUGGACUCGUUUCCGCGGAAUGGAGAGUAUCGACGACAACACCCACGAAGAGGAGUGGGAUCGCGCUUUUAACAUGAACGUAAAAUCCCAUCUAUGGCUGAUGCAAGCUGCCAAGAAACACCUUGACGAAACCGAAGGCGCUUUCAUUACGACGGCGUCUAUAGCUGGUGUGGUCUCAAGUGGAAGUUCUCUGGCAUAUUCCGCCACUAAGGCCGCGCAGAUCCAUCUGAUGAAGGGGCUUGCGAUAAUGGCCGCUCCUAAGAUCAGAGUCAAUACUGUUUCGCCAGGACUCCUGCUAACGGAAUGGGGAAACCGCUUCUCGGACGAGCAGAAGGAAGGUCAUCUGCAAAAGACCAAGCUCAAGCGCUACGUGACCGUUGAGGACGUCGCUGAGCAGGUGCUUACUUUUGCGAAGAGCAAGAGCACAACGGGAGUUAACGUGGUGAUGGAUUCCGGGUUCAUUCUAUGAUUCUAUCACCGGGAGAUGCACGUAGUAUUUUUGAGACUGGUCAUUUCUGAACACUAAGGUACCUUAGAGAGAGAGGUGUGCACUGAUAAUAUAAAGUGUAAUACACUUAACUUGCACUCGUUGUGGCUUGGGUCAGAGUGAGAGGUGAACGAAUGAACAAAGGUACUAUGUAAGAGUGAGAAGGCUUAGAAUGGUACCUAUAGUACACAGUACUCAAGAUAAAUUCAUGCAUAGAAUGAUGUAAUGACGCACUGUGUCAACGCCUAAAUCAGUAGUAUCAUCCUAGCAGCCCCGGCGGCCUAGGCUGCCACGUGGGAAG